AUGUCGGAUUCAGAAGUUAAAGACGACAGUGUCACGAAAGAAACCAAGGAAAGGAGAAAAAUUGAGAUCAAAUUCAUUCAGGAUAAGACCAGGCGUCAUAUCACCUUUUCGAAGCGGAAACAUGGUAUUAUGAAGAAGGCAUAUGAGUUAUCUGUGUUAACAGGUACUCAGGUUCUUCUUUUGGUUGUUUCUGAAACCGGUCUAGUUUAUACGUUCACUACACCAAAGUUCCAACCCAUUGUUACACAACCUGAGGGCAAGAAUUUAAUUCAAGCGUGUUUGAAUGCACCAGAGGAAGACGAUGAGGAUGAUGACGAUGAGGAGGAAGAUGAAGAUGAAGAUGAUGAACAUAACGUGCAACACGAUCAUGGCGGCGAUGUUGGUGGUCAGCCACACUCCACAGUACCUACCUCGGUCCAAUUGCCAGGUGGUGGACAUUCCCACGGCCUUCUGCCCCAGCAACAACAACAGCAGCAGCAGCAGCAGCAACAACAGCAACAACAGCAACAGCAACAACGUUUGGCGCUCCAACAGCAGGGCCAAAAUUCACAACAGCAACAACAACCCCAAUCCGUACAGCACCAGCAACCUCAGGUUCAAGGCACGGGCCAAACUCCGAAUUUCACUAAUGCUUCUUAUUUAAACCCAGACCAUGCUGCCGCCUACGAACAAUACUUCAACGGCGUUAACUCUCAACAUGGCCAGUUUUGA